UCCUCGCCUGGGGUCGGCCCGCAAGGACGGGCGCGGGCGGGGGUAUUGCACAGCCCACAGCUGAGCCAGGCUGUGGGGGCGGCCCGCACUGGCACCUUCGAUCCCUCAGAGCCGCCUGGCUUUUGAGCCCUCACGAUCGAGAGUUCCUGAUUGGCCGCCUCCGGGGCUGCCGCUGGAGAGGCCAGCACCCCUCCUCCGUCUACCUGUCUCCCCAUAGUAACGCUCUGCCCUGGGAGCUGCAGCGUUAAUCAGGCUACCCCUCCCAAACACUGCUGCCACCCACGUCCGCGUUCACUUGGUUCUUCACCUCCUUCCCUUGAGACCCCUCCCCUCUGCGCCCGGAAGAGGUCUCUUUUGCCCGGUUCCCGUAAAAUUGAGGGGGUAUCCGGCAGAAACGUUACUUUUGAGACUGAGCAUCCAUCGGGCACCCCCAAGAAGUUCAUGCUUACUAGGGAGUUUGUGGGCAAAGUAAAACCCAGUGCACGCACGAAACUAUGGCUGAGCACGGGGCUCACGUCACAGCUGCUUCUGCGGUGGAUGACCAGCCAUCCAUCUUUGAGGUGGUAGCACAGGAUGGCUUAAUGACAGCAGUGAGACCUGCGCUUCAGCAUGUGGUCAAGGUUCUUGCAGAAUCAAAUCCUGCGCACUACGGCUUCUUUUGGAGGUGGUUUGAUGAAAUCUUUACCCUGCUAGAUCUUCUUCUCCAGCAACAUUAUCUGUCUAAAACCAGCGCCUCAUUUUCUGAAAACUUUUAUGGCUUGAAGAGGAUUGUAAUGGGAGACACACACAAGCUUCAGAGAUUGGCAAGUGCUGGUCUCCCAAAGAAGCAGCUUUGGAAGUCAGUUAUGUUCCUGGUUCUUUUUCCCUAUCUGAAAGUGAAGCUGGAGAAGCUGGUUUCGAGCCUGAGAGAAGAGGACGAAUAUUCGAUCCAUCCCCCUUCUUCCCGCUGGAAACGAUUUUACAGAGCCUUCCUGGCAGCCUACCCAUUUGUUAACAUGGCCUGGGAAGGCUGGUUUCUUGUACAGCAGCUUCGAUACAUCCUGGGGAAGGCUCAGCAUCACUCCCCACUGCUGAGACUGGCUGGAGUUCGACUAGGUCGACUUACAGUUCAGGAUAUACAAGCUCUGGAGCACAAUCCAGCUGAAGCCAGCAUGAUGCUGCAACCAGCUGGGAGCAUUGGCGAGAAGAUAAAGUCAGCUCUGAAGAAAGCUGUGGGGGGCGUUGCCUUAUCCCUCUCUACUGGCCUCUCCGUGGGUGUAUUCUUCCUGCAGUUCCUUGAGUGGUGGUAUUCAUCUGAAAACCAAGAAACCAUCAAGUCAUUGACUGCCCUGCCUACUCCACCACCACCUGUACACCUAGACUACAAUUCUGACUCUCCCCUGUUACCCAAAAUGAAGACUGUGUGCCCACUAUGUCGUAAAAACCGGGUGAACGACACUGUUCUCGCCACAUCUGGCUAUGUGUUUUGUUAUCGCUGUGUGUUUAACUAUGUGAGAAGUCACCAAGCGUGUCCCAUCACAGGUUAUCCAACAGAAGUACAGCAUCUGAUUAAACUCUACUCCCCUGAGAACUGAAAGGGAUUAGCACCUUAUCUCACAACAAAAUGAUUGCACUAUAUAAGGCCACAGGGUUGGUUUUCCACAUGAUGAAUAGCAUUGUUUGAUACAUCUCAUUCUCAGUUAAUAACUGUGUGAACUUUAAACAACCACAUGGAUUUCUUUAAAAAGAUAUACUUGUUGAUCUUAACCUUUUAGCUUGCUCCCUAGACACCCCUACUUAGAGUUGACCAAGCUGGUUAGAGUGAGGGAAUCAGGAUUGGCAGGGGAUGUGAGGGUCAGCAUAGAGGAAGUGGAUAAAAGGAUACUUGGCACAGAAGCUUUUCCUGUCCCCUUCUUUAAAGGACAAGGGGUACAGAAGCUCUCAGGAAAAAACCCAAGUUAAACCUUAUAAAGUGGGUAGUGAAGGGGAAGCAGGCCUUUUUAGAAAAAGAAAGCAUUUAUCUGCCUGUGAGGAAUAGGUUUUAUUGGUUUGCAAACAGUAUGAAAUAUGGACCUGCUCUUUACAGAAAUACUUAGAAACACUGUAGAGAAACAGUAGCUCCUUCCAUAUUCUGUGACCCAUUUGUUAAAUAACAUCUGCUAUAGUUUAUCAGCUUUUAAAGAUCCCUUUGUGAACCACACAUAUCUUCCGGAGGAAACUGGUUAAAGGAAAAUAGGGGUUGAAUGUAUAUACAGAAUAGUCUGAAGAGUUCAGUGUGAAAUCAAAGCUAUUAAUUUAGAGGAAGUAAAAUACUGACCUAACUGUGACUGUGUAAAGAAAGGAUCUUUUAAUAAGCUCUUUCUGUUUGCUGUUAAGAGUUUGCUAAACUGACAUGAUGAUUCUAGCUGUUACUAAAGUUUCUAUGAAACGCUUAAGUAAAUUUUAAGAAUAAAUGUUUUUGGCAAA